UGUCGUAAUAUCCGGCAUGAAGUCGUCGUUCCGGUCUUCUUCCUCAGCACAACACAACGAUGGCGUCCUGUAGUGAGGAGUCUGCCACUGCCACUGAAGAGGAACCGACUGAAUCUCUCGCGUCUCAAAAGAGAGAAGCGAGACUACGAAAAUUUCGAGAGUUACAUUUCAAACGGAAUGAAGCACGGAAGCUUAAUCACCAGGAGGUUGUAGAGGAGGACAAGAGGCUGAAACUGCCCUCUAACUGGGAAGCUAAAAAAGCCAGACUGGAAUGGGAGCUUGCUGUAGAUCAAAAGAAAAAGGACUGUGCUGCUCGAGGGGAGGACUACGACAGAGUGAAACUCCUGGAAAUCACUGCUGAUGAUGCCGAGCGAUGGGAGAGGAAGAAAAAGAAGAAGAAUCCAGACACAGGAUUUGCAGGUUACGCUGAGGCCCAGCUCCGUCAGUACCAGAGGCUCACCAAGCAGAUCAAACCAGACAUGGAAAGUUACGAGAGGCAAAGGGAGGAAAGUGGGGAGGACUUCUACCCCACAUCCAAUAGCCUCAUCCAUGGCACCCACGUUCCUACAAAGGAGGGCAUUGACCGCAUGGUGGAGGAUGUCGAGAAGCAGAUCGAGAAGCGGGCCAAGUACAGCCGACGCAGGGCCUACAACGACGACGCCGACAUCGACUACAUUAAUGAGAGGAAUGCCAAGUUCAACAAGAAGGCGGAGCGUUUCUACGGCAAAUACACAGCAGAGAUCAAACAAAACUUGGAGAGAGGAACAGCUGUCUAGUGGGUCCAGUCACCUCAGCGCUUCACUGCCUCAGCUUCGUCUUCAUUUUGGAGUCUUGGAUGCAUCUUUCUUUCUUCUUGCUGCAAACCGACUACAUGUAUUUACGAGCUAAAAUGGAGUAUGUUUUCUAAGGCAGUGUUCUGUAACAUUUUGAUAUCGUGCUGAUGAUAUCUUGAGCUGAAAGAUAAUGUAAAUUUCUUUAGGCAAUGUAAUGUUUAGUGUUGCUUUGUACAGUAUUAGAAGCUUAAACAACUCUGUUAUUAUCCUUAUUUUUAAAUAAACCACUUCCAAUUAUGCCGUUA